CGCGUGUGUGUGCGGGGACAGAGAGGCGUUGAAAUGAAAGCCGUCCCAGUGAACAAUUAGAGCAGCAGAUUGACAGGUGGGCUCUGACUGUCAGGGUGACGCUUGUGGAGGGGUGGAGUAAAGGAGAGGCCGGAAAGGCAGCUGGAUGUGUCUGUCUAUCAGUGGGAGCUGUCUGAACGCACCGCGCAUCACCAAUGUGCGCACAUUUAUUUCACUGCGGAGAAUACCCGGGGACGCUCCUUGCGCUUUUAAAAUAAACAAUAAUAUUUUAUUGGGGGGAAAACAACAACAAAAAAAAAGGUGGAAACAAUAAAACCAGAGUGUGCAGCUCAGCGGGUGGCUCUGCUUCGCGUGUCUUUUGUGACGAGUUUGGGAGAAAUUCGUCAAGUGUCCGUGUUGACAAUCGGACGCUGAGCGCGUAUCGGAGGUCGGAGCGCGGAGCUGGCACCUGGACGGACGGAAGGAAGGAAGGAAGCAAGCGGAGAGGCAACAAACGCAGUUUGGACUCGUCUCCGCCGCCGACUGAGUUAAAACGCAAGCACGGGAGCUCCGUUUUCUUCACUUUCGCUGUUACCAGAGGUAUGAAGUAGUCCACCGAGGGGUGUAAACACGUUUUAAUGGAAGCGCGUCGAGGGGCUCGGGCUGCUCUCCGUACCCCUGCCCGAUAGACUGAGAUCCGCACGAAAGCUUUCCGCCAGUUUCCUCCACGCCAGUCCGCGAUGAGUUUCUGCGAUCGGCAGAAGUUAACGGACGAGCCGAGCCAUCUGUAACCGCCUUGUCACCGGACUCUCCCCGCGAUUAAGAGAAUGAUCCGAGACGCGUGCUCGGAGUGAAAAUCGCAGCGAUAAAGAGAGACUUGUUCGCCCCUGCGAGGGAUCCACACUUUAAUUCUGUCGCCCGCCUGAAGAACUGAGGAAACGCUGCUAGCUUUGAUUUCCUCUCCUUUCGCACCGGUUUCCUCUCCAGCUCUGUGCGCUAUUUUGAUCUCUGCAUGAAAAGUCAAGCGGAAAGUCUUGCAGCAGCAUGCCGAGGAGAAAGCAGCAAGCACCGCGGCGGUCAGCAGCUUAUGGACCUGAAGAUGAAUUUAAACUGGGUAAAGCUGAUGACGAGGAGCAUCUGCAGGAUGAUGGCCUUUCCCUGGAUGGUCAAGACGGAGACUAUCUUUUCAAUGAUGACGAGGACGCAAGAGAUCAUUACAGCUGCCAAAACUCUCCACUUAGUAAUGGCACCAACCCAGAUGCUGGGUAUGCUUCUCCCCUCAGCACCACCAGUGAUCAGCUGGUGGACCUUAAGACCACCAACUUCAGUGAUCAGGACAGGGUAGAGGAGAAACUGGAAGAAGGUGCCGAGUCCAUCAAUGGCCUCUCGCUACAGGACAGUCUGGCAAAAAUGAAAGCCGUCUAUGCAAACCUGAUCUCAGACGCCUCCUGGUCCAGCAUUGCUUUGGACAUGCUUAAAAGUAAACAAGGGAACGAUUUUGCUGCUAGCAACGGCAGUGGGAGCAAUCACAAAGGGAGCAAUGGGUUCCUGAACAGUCACAGCCCAGCCAACGUCCCUGUGAAGAACAGAUGUAGCAGUAACAACACCUCAGCCACUACUAACAUUACCACCAGCAGUACCACUGCAAAAACAGUGUCAAGCCACAGCAGCAGUGGCAUCAAUGUAAGCUCUGGCAGCACAGCAGGAGGAUUAGCCUAUGACUGGCAUCAAGCAGCUUUGGCUAAAACCCUGCAACACACUCCAUACCAACUCCUUCCUGAACCCAGCCUUUUCAGCACCGUGCAGCUUUACAGGCAAAACAAUAAGCUAUAUGGCCCAGUGUUUACAGGAGCCAGCAAAUUUAGGUGUAAGGACUGUAGUGCAGCUUAUGACACUUUGGUUGGCCUGACUGUGCAUAUGAAUGAGACAGGACACUACCGUGAUGACAACAAAGAUACAGAGGACGAUCGAAGCAAGAAGUGGUCCAAGCCACGCAAACGUUCUUUACUGGAGAUGGAAGGCAAAGAAGAUGCCCAGAAAGUUCUUAAAUGCAUGUACUGUGGACACUCAUUUGAAUCCUUGCAGGACCUUAGUGUUCACAUGAUCAAAACAAAACACUAUCAGAAAGUGCCUCUUAAAGAACCAAUGCCAGCGCUCACUUCAAAGCUGGUACCCCCAACCAAAAAAAGAGCAUUUCAAGACUUGAUGUCUCCGAGCUCACCAGAGUCUGUCUCAUCUGGCAUACUCUUGGGAGAGUCUCCCAAAGACCAAAGAGUGGCCAAUCCCUAUGUCACUCCUAACAAUCGAUAUGGUUACCAAAAUGGUGCCAGUUAUACUUGGCAGUUUGAGGCACGAAAGGCACAAAUUCUCAAAUGCAUGGAAUGUGGCAGUUCACAUGACACCUUGCAGCAACUGACGGCCCACAUGAUGGUCACAGGACACUUUCUUAAAGUCACAAAUUCAGCUUCUAAAAAGGGUAAGCAGCUCGUUUUUGAUCCUGUGAUUGAAGAGAAAAUUCAGUCAAUUCCCUUGCCUCCGACUACUACACGACUCCCAGCACCUAAUGGUAAAUCACAGCCCGACUCCCCACUGCUGCCUUCUAGCCCUGAUGAGAAACACGAGGAAAAGAAAGAUGAAGAGACAGAGGAUGAGACGAUGGAUGUUAAGGAACCUGAGAAAAAAAUUAAAGAGGAGAAAGAGGAUCCAUCUGAGAAAGCUGAUAAACCCAGAAAGGCCAGAACCUACCAGUAUCUCACAGAAGAAGACUUAGAAGAGACACCUAAGGGUGGCCUUGAUAUCCUGAAGUCUUUAGAGAACACCGUUUCAAGUGCAAUCAGCAAAGCCCAGACAGGAACCCCAACCUGGGGUGGAUACCCCAGCAUUCAUGCUGCUUAUCAGCUCCAUGGUUCUUUAAAGUCUAACCUGUCCUCCUGUGCACAGGUUCAACCUUUGUUCAGCAGCACCAGUUUGAAGGUGAUGUCCUCUGAUUUAGGCUCGUUGAUCCAUUCACCAAAUAGUCCCUCUCCACCUCCAAGUCACAAGAGUAAUGUGCUGGCCAUGGAGGAGCUAGUGGAAAAAGUGACAGGAAAAAGUUCAGUCAAGAAUGAAAAAGAGGAAAAACCAGUGGAGAUUAAGUGUAGAUCUGCAACAAAGUCUCCAUUGCCAAAUCCUAAGGACAAACGCGCUUCACCAAAUCGUGAAAACUUCCCAAAGGCGGCACAAAGCACUGCAGUAGAGGGUCUGCCUGAGCCAAGGAGCAAGGAAGGAGAGAUGGCCGAGAGUAAAAUAGAUAUACAGAUAAAGAGUGAAGUAGAUUCACCAAAAAAGCCCAUAAGUAAUGGCUGCAAUAACCUGAGCAUCAUCACUGAUCACUCGCCUGAACAACCACUUGUCAGUCCACUCAGUGCUUUGCAGUCUAUCAUGAACAACCACUUAGGGAAAGCUGCAAAAGUGGCCACUCCCUUCGUUGAUCCUUUUUCAAUGCUUUAUAAGAUCAGCAACUCUCAGAUCAAGCAAGCAGAACCUGUGAACCAGUACCCCGAUGAUGAUGAUGAUCAGCCCAUGGACUUGACAAAAUCCAAAAACAAGAAUGGAAGUGCAGCUAAGAGUACGCCCACUACACCAAACAACAGUGUAAACAACAGCAAACCAGUUUUUCAAAAUUUCUCUCAGUCGUCUCCGCCUCUACGAGAGAAUGCUUUGAUGGAUAUUUCAGACAUGGUGAAAAAUCUGACAGGACGUUUGACACCAAAGUCUACAACCCCGUCUUCUAUCUCUGAGAAAUCAGAUGUUGAUGGCUGUACGUUUGAGGAUGGCAUGGAGGAACUGUCCCCCAUCCAAAGACGGAAAGGUAGACAGUCAAACUGGAAUCCCCAGCACCUCCUGAUUCUCCAGGCCCAGUUUGCCUCGAGUCUUAGAGAGACUCCUGAGGGAAAGUUUGUUGUGAGUGACUUGGGACCUCAGGAACGAGUCCACAUCUGUAAAUUCACUGGUCUCUCCAUGACUACUAUCUCACAUUGGCUGGCCAAUGUAAAAUACCAGUUAAAGCGGACAGGGGGCACAAAGUUCCUCAAGAAUAUUGACUCUGGCCAGCCUUUGUUUUUGUGCAGUGACUGUGCUUGCCAGUUCAGGACUCCCUCAUCCUACAUUCACCAUUUGGAGUCCCACCUUGGGUUCACCCUAAAAGACCUUUCAAAGCUUUCCAUAGACUUACUAGAGCAGCAAACAGUCGGCAGAAUUGAAGACAAGACCUUUAGUUCAUCCGGACUUACAGAAGAAGACACUGGCUCAGUAUAUCAGUGCAAACUGUGCAAUCGGACAUUUGUGAGCAAACACGCAAUAAAAUUGCAUCUUUGCAAAACACAUGGAAAGUCGCCGGAGGACCAUCUUGUCUUUGUGAAAGAGCUGGAGAAGUUUGACAAACAGUGAAGCCAGAUGGUGCUGAUAGCAUGACAGAUUAAUGUUGCACUAUUACUCCAAGCUACAAUCUGUCAUAACAGAUAGUGCCACAACUGUGUUAAGCAUUGUUAAAACACAUACAAACACAGGAAGCUUUAAUACUACAUACUGUAAUUAUUCAGUCAAUCAUAAUUAGCAGGGGCUUCCUCUGCAGACUACGCUCUAAGCUACAUUGUAAAAGUCGAAGUUUUGGUGACAAAAUUGUACCAAAUUGGUGCAGUAGCCAUGGCACUAUAUAGUCACUGACUGAUUGUUGCUUUUCGAAUGCACUGCAUCUUAUCUGAGCCUUUAGGAAUAGUCCACCUGUUGUUUUAAAACUGGAUCAUGCUCUUAUUUUGAUCACUGUUUUUGAUUUUAUUAUUUUUUUUGUUUGUUUCGUUUUGUUUUUUUAAGAUAAAUAUAUUUCAACACAACUUGCAUAUUAUUUAUGAGACAGUUUGUGCAUGACUUUAUGUAAACCAGUGAGUAUAUUAUGUCUAAUGAAGUUUCAACCAUGAUGACAAAACUGAUAUCCCUGUUUAACAAAUUUUGGAUUCAGCUGUCUAUAUAAAGGUAUAUGGUGAAAGAUGGUGUUCUAAAAUGUUAUAGUGAUUUCAGCACUUUAAGUAAGUGUAAACUGAUGAAGAAAUUAUGUAUGAAUAAAAAAAAAAAAGGAUAACACAUGAGUUUCAAAUCCCUCGCUCAGCAUUUUGGGGACUAACUAUAAUAUUGUUUUCUAUUUGACAUUAAAUCACAGAAGUUGUUACAAAAUGUUUAGAUUCUUUGUUUCUCUAGUAAAAUAUAAUUUCCUGGUUGUUUCAACAUGUACAGUAUUUGCGUUAGUAGGCUACCAAUUUUAUUAUUGUGAAGCUACAGUUGUAAAGUUGAUGGAGUUUAAAACUUAUUGUAUGAAUAAUCAGCAAGUAUGUAUACAUGUAUGUCAGCAUAUCUUGCUCUUUACAGUUCUGCAUUAUUUGUACCGUGUGCAUUUUUACAAUGUUAUUUUCUAGACAAACAUGGGGGGCGAAAUGUAUAAAGCUGCAGAAUAUUGUUGGACCACAACGUCCUUUUUUUUCCAGUGAAAAGUAGGUCCCUCUGUGUGGUUUACAUAAAUUGACAGAAUUCACUGGCAUCUGCUCUGGUGCUCGGGACUGUACAUAACAUUGGGGGUAAAAAAAUGAAAAAAAUACAUUGUUCACUGACAAAUUUCCAGGUUUUGUCAUCAACCCAGUUACUCAGAACAGCAUUCUUUUAUCCUCGGUUGUAAAAUAAACUCCAUGUCCUGGAUUAAAA